UUGAACCAUAAAACCUUCAAAACAAAAAAAUUUCACCUUCCCUUUGCCUCACUUGCUCUCCACCUCACCUGCCUUCUACUAUAAAUUCUUUUCGUUCGCUUUUAAAUAAGUUCAAAACAAAAAAAGACUUGAAGGAUUAAAAACAUAUUAGUUUCAGGAUCAAUUUAGAAGAUAAAUUGAAAAUGUCAGGAAAAAAUACUAUGGAUCAAGAAAAUUCAGGUCCAAAUAAUUCGAACAGUACCAUAAAGGUCGAGCAGCUAGCUCAGUGCUUGCAAGAUUUGUUGUUGCCUGUCACUAUUGUGACGAGAAUCAUGCACAAAACUCUUCCUAUGCAUGCAACAGUUAAUGAUGAUGUAGUAGAGGCAAUUCAAAAAAUCGUGAGCUAUUUCAUUCAUCGUAUCACCAUAAAAGCUAAUGAAUACUGUCACAUGGAUAAAAGAAAGAUUGUGACAACUGAAGAUAUUAUUUGGGCUAUGAACAAUGUUGGUUUGCAUAACUAUGGAGAGCUUCUAACCCAUUACCUCCACAACUAUCAUCAAGAGAAUUCUAUGCACUAUUUGUGGCCUAAUAUUAUGCAGCCUAAUGCUCCAUCAUCUCAAAUUUUGCCCAUCAACAGUGUACCAAUGAUGAGUUAUGGGUACCCGCAUUUUCCACCAAAUGUGUUGCUCAAUGAUCCUGUUGCAUCUGUCAUGACAAACGUCAGGAAGGAAAACAUAGUGGCGAAGAAUGAUGAAGAUCCGGAUAGUUCUGAGUCAUCUUCUUCAUGAACUGCAACUAACUAUGGCUUGUCCAUGAACAAUUCAAUCCAGCUGGAAUAUGUUUUAUGUUUUAUCAUUUGAACUUUAUUUGAAGUAUUGUAUGAACAAUUAGUUUCUUGUUAUCUUUUCAAGUGUUUGUGCUUCUAAAUAUCCUUGUUAAAAACUCUAUGUUAUGUACUAGUAAGCCAUUUAUGUUUUAAUAAAUUCUCCUUCCAUUCC